CCUUCCACCACCCUCCUCCUCCUCCUCCUCCUACCAGGCAGACCCUGCCCUUUCCUUUGCUUUCUGUGGCUCCUCUGUACGCGUUUGGGACUAUCGGACCGGACCGCGGGCUCGCACAAUGGCCGGCUUGCUGCCAUCGAGCCUGCGAUGCUGACGCCCCGGCUGCAUUCGUUCAUCGCUGCUCCUCCUGCUGCUGGGAUUUCAUGUCCCCCGUUGGCCUGAAGCUGCGCGUCCAUGGCCAAGCGCGAGAGCGGCGGUGGCGGCGCCAGUCCCGUGGUGAGGCAGAUUGACAAGCAGUUCCUGGUGUGCAGCAUCUGCCUGGACCGCUACCACAACCCCAAAGUGCUGCCCUGCCUGCACACCUUCUGCGAGAGAUGCCUGCAGAACUACAUCCCGCCGCAGUCUCUGACGCUGUCGUGUCCGGUGUGCCGGCAGACGUCCAUCCUGCCCGAGAAGGGCGUGGCCGCCCUCCAGAACAACUUCUUCAUCACCAACCUGAUGGAGGUGUUGCAGCGGGACCCCGAGCGCAGCCGACCCGAGGCCUGCAACGUCCUGGAGUCGGCCAGCGCCGCCGGCGCCUCCCAACCCCUGUCCUGCCCCAACCACGAGGGCAAGGUGAUGGAGUUCUACUGCGAGUCGUGUGAGACGGCCAUGUGUCUGGAGUGCACGGAAGGCGAGCACAGGGAGCACGUGACGGUACCUCUGAGGGACGUGCUGGAACAACACAAGUCGGCGCUCAAGAACCAGCUGGACACCGUACGCAACAGACUUCCCCAGUUGGCGGCGGCCAUCGAGCUGGUGAACGAGAUCUCCAAGCAGCUGACGGAGCGCAAGCACGGCGCUGUGACGGAAAUCAACGCCACCUUUGACGAGCUGGAGAAAGCCUUGCGCCAGCGCAAGAGCGCCCUGGUCGCCGAGGUGGACAACAUCUGCGGCGCCAAGCAGAAGGUGCUGCAAGCCCAGCUGACGUCCUUACUGCAGGGCAAAGAGAACAUCCAGAGCAGCUGCGACUUCACCGAGCAGGCCCUGAGCCACGGCAGCGCCACCGAGGUCCUCCUGGUCCAGAAGCAGAUGGGCGAGCGGGUCAGCGCCCUGGCGCGCCACGCCUUCCCCGAGUGCCCGCACGAAAACGGCCACCUGGAGUGCCAGGUGGAGACGGACGGCCUGCGGCGCUCCAUCCAGAACCUGGGCGUCCUGAUCACCACGGGGGCCGUGGGCCACACCAGCGUGGCCACCGGCGAGGGCCUGCGGCACGCCCUGGUGGGCCAGCACACCACCGUCACCGUCACCACCAAGGACAAAGACGGCGAGCUGGUCAAGACGGGCAACGCCGCCUUGCGGGCCCGGAUCGUGUCGCCGGAGGGCGUGGCGGCCGAGGCCGAGGUGACCGACAACAAAAACGGCACCUACGAGGUGGGCUACACGGCCCGCGCCGAGGGCGAGUUCGCCUUCUCGCUGCUGCUCUACGAGCAGCCCGUCCGGGGGAGCCCCUUCCGCCUGCGCGCCGUCAAGCCCUCCGACGUGCUGCAGUCGCCCGACGACGUCAAGAGGCGGGUCAAGUCGCCCAGCGGCGGCGGAGGUCACGUGCGCCAGAAGGCCGUCAGGAGGCCCUCCAGUAUGUACAGCGCCACCAAGAAGAAGGAGAACCCCAUCGAGGAUGAGCUCAUCUACAGAGUCGGAACGAGAGGACGCGACAAAGGAGAAUUCACAAACCUUCAAGGCAUCUCCACCUCCAGCAACGGCCGCAUUGUGGUGGCCGACAGCAACAACCAGUCCAUACAGGUAUUCUCCAACGAUGGCCAGUUCAAGAUGCGCUUCGGGGUCAGAGGUCGCUCCCCGGGUCAGCUGCAGCGCCCCACCGGGGUGACGGUGGACAUGAAUGGCGACAUCAUCGUGGCCGACUAUGACAACAGAUGGAUCAGCAUCUUCUCCUCGGACGGCAAGUUCAAGAACAAAAUCGGAGCUGGUCGUCUGAUGGGGCCGAAAGGUGUGGCCGUGGACAAGAACGGACACAUCAUCACCGUGGACAACAAGGCUUGCUGCGUCUUCAUCUUCCAGGCCAACGGAAAGCUGGUCACCAAGUUUGGAGCCAAGGGAACCUCCGACAGACAUUUUGCAGACAAAAGUGGCGCAAAUGUAGCACUGGAACAAAAGCUGAGUAAAUCAGGCCCAAUGUUCAGUCCUCAUUUUGUGGCAGUCAAUAACAAGAAUGAGAUUGUUGUGACAGAUUUUCACAACCAUUCCGUGAAGGUAUACAACGCAGACGGGGAGUUUCUGUUCAAAUUUGGCUCGCACGGUGAAGGAAACGGGCAGUUCAACGCACCCACGGGCGUGGCCGUCGACUCCAAUGGGAACAUCAUUGUGGCCGACUGGGGCAACAGUCGCAUCCAGGUGUUCGACAGCUCAGGCUCCUUCUUGUCCUACAUCAACACGACGGCGGACCCCCUGUAUGGCCCACAAGGCCUGGCCCUCACCUCGGACGGCCACGUGGCCGUGGCCGACUCGGGCAACCACUGCUUCAAGGUCUACCGCUACCUACAGUGACACGCCAACGCCACAAGAAAGUCCACAAGGGUGCAAUAAAACCUUCGGUCUCACACGUCGGCGUGAGGCUGAUGGUGUGCGCAAGGAAUAUAAAUAAAUCAAUAAAUAAAUAGAUCCCCCACGUUUGGUGACUUAGCUUCCGCCAAGGAGCAAAUGGCGGCUACACAGCUAGCUUGAUAGAUUCAAGUAUUAAAUGAGCCAUAACUACGUCCAAAUGCAUGCGAUUUGAUUUCAUCUCCGCAGUGUGGUUCAGUUAUCCACCGAGUAUUGGGGCCACGCUCAAAAGAAAAUAAAUAGUCAACAACA